AUGGACAUGUCCGGCAUGAACAUGACGUCGAGCACCAACUCGACGUCCAACUCGACCGCGGCGGCUGCGAUGGACAUGGGCGGCGGCUCGUGUAAGAUCUCCAUGCUGUGGAACUGGACCACGAUCGACGCAUGCUUCCUGUCCAAGUCGUGGCACGUCCGCACCAUGGGCCAGUUUGCCGGCUCCGUCAUCGGCGUCUUCUUUCUGUGCAUGGCCAUCGAGGCGAUCCGUCGCGCCGCGCGCGAGUAUGACCGGCGUAUCACGCUUGGUGCCCGUAUCGAGGCCACGGCCAAGGGUUCCAAGCGCGUAGAGGUCACUUGGGUCCAGCAGGCUAUUGUGAGUGGUGUGGGUGGCCUGGUGGCGAGUGCGACAGGCUCGUUCUCGCAGACGUUGAGCUCCGCUCCCCUGCCACUCGAGUUUCCGGCCAAUGGACAGAUGACUGAUGUUCCUUCCCCAGCGGUCCUCCAUGUACGGUUCACAGUUUACGGCUUCAUUCCUCGUGUAAGUUUCUGA